CCAGCCUGUCCGUCGGGUGGCGCUGUGAGUCACAGUGAGAGUUCGCGGAGCAGCUCAGAAGUAGAGCGGCUCCUCUUUGAUUGGAGGAAGUGAUACAUCAACAAAGAAAGAUGGCCGAAGUGAUCGAGCUGCAGAAGCUGAAGCUUGCUGAACUGCGGCAGGAGUGUGAGGCCCGAGGUUUGGACACCAAGGGAAACAAAGGAGAGCUCAUUGCUCGUCUCCAAGCCUAUCUGGAGGAGCACGAGGAAGAUGUGGAUGUAGAUGAUGUGCUGGCAGAGGAUACGGAGGACUUCAAUAAAGUUGAGAGUGCCAACAAUGUCAAAGAUGAUGAGAAGGAUUCUGAGUCUACUGAGUGCGAGCCACCUGCUGAUAAGAAGGUGGUGAAAAUAACUCCUCCAUCAACUACCGGUGAAAGACUACAGAAGAGAGCUGAACGUUUCAACCUGCCUGCAACAGCUGAAAGCAAAAAGGCCAUACGUGCAGCAAGGUUUGGUGAAUCCACCGAGAAUACCAGUCCCGCUUCAGGUGCCGUUGCGAACAGUAAAGCCCCCGUGAACGUCGAUCAGCUGAAGAAGAGAGCAGAACGAUUUGGCAUGAACGUUUCAUCCGUUUCACAAAAGAUUGAAGAGGAUGAAAAGCUGAAAAAGAGGAAGGAGAGGUUUGGGGGCUCAGUCGUUGCAGGUUCAGUUGGAUCAGCCGAAGUCGAGGCAAAGAAAAUGAAGCGUGCUGAAAGAUUUGGAAAAGUGUGAAUAAUGUCUUAGAGUCUGUGUUUUUUUUGUAAAGCAUUUUCAUUACUGCACAACAGAAAUCCCCGACUACGAUAGAUUUCACUGAUAGGGUUCCUGUAAAUCAAAAGUAUAAUUAAAUCAAAGAUAAAUUUGUAAGUUUUAUCAUGGUUUGGAAAACAAACAUUUAGGAAAAAACUUUCAAUUAUUUACUGAGCCUCAAAGUCAGUGGUUAAUGUAAAUUGGGGGGGGGAAACAGGAAAAAAACAUUUCAUUCAAACCUCCUAUUUAUUAUUUACUGGAGCAUCAUUUUCUCAGUCCUGGGAGGCCUUCAAGCAUGUUAUUUUUCAUUUUUGUUACUGUUAUGUAGAAAUUCGAGGUGUGUUUCUAAAUACAUGGGCAGUAUUCGCUCCUGUGUAACAUAGAGGUUUUGUUUUACUCCUCUUUCCUAAACUUACUGCUCACUGCUUUUUCAAAUCUGCAAUGAAGUCCACUCAUCAAGUCUUCAUCCAGCAACUAGUCAAAGAGCUCCUGCAGCUGCUUCACAGUAACAGCUUUCCACCUGUUUAGGGGGGAUAAUUAGUUAUCCAUGUCUCGGGUGAUUCCUUAAUUUUAAAUCAAAAAGGUGCAUUGAAUCACCCACAAUUCCCCAAAUCAAACAGAAAAUGUGAGCAAGUUGAAGCAAUGAAGGCAUUGACUGUGAAGCAUCUGCAUGAAGCGUGAACUUUCAACAUCUUUGCUUGAUAAAAGUUGUCUUAAAUCUAGAUCCAGACAUUUUGGUCCUUUUGAGAGUUCAUUACUUCUCCUACAGUAUGCAGGACUAAAACGUUUCUAAAAAUAUUCUCUCAUUAUAAUCCAUGCAACAAGAAAAAUUCUAAUUUUUGACCGUGGAAAUAGAAAAUGUGUUAUACAUUCCUUCAAAAGCCAAGAAAAAACAAAAAAGUAAAGUCUAACAUUGAAAACAUUUAGUUUAUGAUAGUUGAAAGAGUAAAGUAAAUCCUGUAUUUCUGUUUAUUGGAAGUAAUGCAGCUAAACAAACCUUUUUCUAAUAAUCCAUUUAAAUGAUUUAACUCACUUAUUUGUAUUUACUGUGCAUUUAAUUGUACUUUUGAUUUAACAGAUUACCUAUUAUGUUCCUGUUAUAUCUUUGGGAAUCCAAUUGGUAUACUGCUUCAGUUAUCUGUCCAUUUUAUAACAUUUUGUGAUUUAAAAUAAAUUGUUUUCAAUUUUUGGA